AUGAGUUUGCUGACUACGUUAGAGAAGAUGCGAAUCAACAGUAAGUGGAAGGAUGAUGUGAUUAACAUAAGUAACAAAAUCAAACUCAAAGGAACCGAAGUUGUACUCUGCUGGGUCCCAAGUCACACUGGAAUAGCAGGCAAUGAGAAGGCAGAUGAGGAAGCAAAGAGAGCACUUGAAAUUGAACGGAUAGGAAGCAACGUGAUGGAUAUUAAUGAAGCUAGAACAAUAAUAAAAAACCAGUUCAACUAUAAGUGGCAAGCAGAGUGGACGUCUACCAGGAACAACAAGCUAAGGGAAGUCAAGCAAGGAGUCGUACCUUACAAAAAGGCAAUACGGAAAUCAAGAAAAGAAAGUGUGAUUUUAGCUAGGCUUAGAAUAGGACACACGUUACUAACGCAUAAAUGUUUGUUGGACAAAGAGGAUCCACCUUUAUGUAGAAUUUGCAACAACUUGUUAACGGUGAAGCAUAUUUUUGUGAACUGUUUGGAGUUAGGCCGGAAACGACAGAAAAUUGGUUUACCAGAUAAUUUAAAAGAAGCACUAGCCGAUGAUGAAGAAGCAGCAGGAAAAGUUAUAGAAUUUUUGAAGGAGAUAAACUUACUAAACGAAAUAUGA